UUGUGCGUGUACUAAAUAACAAAUAUGAUAAAGCAAUGAACACAGUUUUAAUACUCUGAGAAAAUGAAGAUGUUGGUAGUAUUUAUGUUCAUCCUAGGAUUUAAUUCUAAUUUUGCACAAGGCUACUACAGUGGUGGUGUCGCUCUGACUUUCGAACUAGAGGAUAAAGAGAAAAGCUGUUUUACUGAAACUUUUCCAGGAGGGAAGCGUUAUGUGUUCUCAUACCAAGUUAUAAAGGGAGGCAACCAGGAUGUUGACGCAUGGGUCGUUUCACCAAACGGGAAAAUUCUCUAUAAAGAACAACGAAAAGAAGGAGAUGAAUUCACAUUUGACCCAUCAAAAGGAGAUUUCCAAUUUUGUUUCGGUAAUCAGUUUUCUACAAUAAGUCACAAAACAAUCUUUUUCGAUAUAAGUCCAGAGGAUCCGGAUUCCUUAGCCGUUGAAGCAGGCGAUAAAACGCCGAGAGUUCAGACUCUUACGGAAAAUGCGUGUGAUGAAAUACAUUUUGCCAUGCGAGGAGUCGUAGAACACCAGAGAGAUUAUAGACUCAAAGAAGCAAUCGGUCGGCAUGUAGCCGAGGGACUUAACAACCGAGUAUUUUGGUGGUCUAUAGUACAAGCGUUCAUCUUAUUAGCAAUAGGAUUUGGACAGGUCUUUAUACUUAAAACAUUUUUCACUGAAAAAUUACCAGCACAAAAUAAACCCGUAGAAACAUCAACUUAGAACGUUCUUACAAUUUUGUAUUACCAUCUUAAACUACAAUUAUGGGAAAAUCAAAUAAAUAGGAAGUUAUGAGCUCAAAAAGUGACAGUAUACUUAAAGAUUGUUGAUAAAUUGUGUAGAAAAUAUUUAAAAAUGCGUAGUACUUAUUUUGAUUAAUAAUAAUAUCUUUUUUUU